UCUUUAAUCGUUCUCUCAGUUCUCGGUCUCCUUUUUCUCUCUCUACUUUCUCUCUCCUCUCUCUCUCUCUCUCAAUGGGGGAUCCUGCGAUUAAGCUUUUUGGCAAGACGAUCCCGCUGAUCGAGAGCGGGCCGGGUACGGGUUCUGAUCUGGAUCCGAUAGCGGAGACGGCCGGCGAAGAUAGGGAUAUGGGCGCAGAAACAACAAAUGAUGUUGUCAAAGACAAGGAACUUGACAUCACAAGAGACCAAGGGCAAGAUGAUCACAACAAUACCUCUGGUUUGAACAAUCCUAUUGAAAGUAACCAACAAACAUCCUCUCAGGAUGUCACAGAAAAGUCGGAUUCCAAACCCGAGCAAGAACAGUCCGAGGCUGACACCUCCGGACAAGAAAAGGUUCUGAAGAAGCCAGAUAAGAUUCUUCCAUGUCCUCGAUGCAACAGUUUAGAUACCAAGUUCUGUUACUACAACAAUUACAAUGUCAACCAACCGAGACACUUUUGCAAGAAUUGCCAGAGAUAUUGGACUGCUGGAGGAACCAUGAGGAAUGUCCCUGUGGGUGCUGGAAGGCGUAAAAACAAGCACUCUGCUUCACACUACCGUCAUAUAAUGAUGUCACCUGAAGGAUUGGCAUCAGCAAGAGAAGCAAUUGAUCCAACUCAUCAUCAUCAACCUCUCUCUUGUGGACCUCCUAUGAUGUCUUUGAAGGGAAAUGGUACAGUCUUAAAGUUUGGACCAGAAGCACCACUUUGUGAGUCCAUGUCUUCUGUUCUCAAUCUGGGCGAGCAAAAGAAAACAGAUAUCAACACAGAAGAACCAUCUUGUGCUUCUUCCUCUGUGACAGCUUCUAAUUGUCAAGAAAAUGGAUUCCCUGAACAAAAUGGCAUGCCGGGACUUUGUAAUGGAUUUACUCCUAUGAAUCCUCUUCAGUUUUAUCCUGGCCCUCCUUGGCCUUAUCCUUGGAGCGCUGGAUGGAACAGUGUUGCAGCAGCAGCAGCAACUGCUGCUGCCAUUAAUGGAUCAGAGGCUGGUAAUGGGAAUCCAGUACAGUGGGGCCCUUUGGUUCCACCUGCUUUCUGUGGUCCGACUAUUCCAGUUCCCUUCGUGCCUGCUUCUUUCUGGCCGUGGAAUGUACCGUGGCCUGGUUCUAAUGGUGUAUUAUCUCCAUCAUCCUCAAGUAACAGUGGAUGUUCAGGCAAUGGUUCUCCUACCUUGGGCAAGCAUUCUAGAGAUUCGUCAAGCUUACAAGCCGAGGAAAAGACUGAGAAGUCUUUGUGGAUUCCUAAAACCCUGAGAAUUGAUGAUCCAGACGAGGCUGCAAAGAGCUCUAUAUGGGCUACUCUCGGCAUUAAGCCUGAUGAAGGUGGCAUGUUCAAAGCUUUCCGGUCAAAAUCAGACAAUAGCAAGGAUCAGAAGUCUGACGUGUCUGAGGUUUUGCACACAAACCCUGCAGCUUUUUCCCGCUCUCAAUCGUUUCGGGAGACCACAUAGGGAGAAUUUAUAUGUUAUGGGCUAUUUUAAUGAAUACCUGAAGCUUUGUAUAUGGAAGCUUUUUAGUGCUUGAGGAUUGAGGACAUUCGGAGAGCCAGUUGCAGAUGUUGCUACUGCUUUCUGAAAGCUUGUCAGAAAGAAGUGCCAGGUUUGUUAACAGUUAAUUGUUGUUCUAGUAGUAAUGUUGUAAAUAGUUGAGAUGUUGUCCAUAGUUUUUUGCUCGUAUAUAGUUGUUUGUUUGUUCUUCUGAGUGAAAGCUAUGGAUAUUGGAUAAUGAGCGGAAAAAUUGGGUUCGGCAUUGUGUGUUAUGAUCUCGAAAUGAGAGCUCAGAGCAUACAAUUUUGAAACAAUUGGUCUUGAUCUGGACACCCAACUCAGGUGAGAACAAUAAAUAGAUUUUAAGAUAGAUUUUGUAGGAUUCUCUUGCGUGCAAGGAGAACAGCUGUUCUAAAAGUUUGUAUUAAGUUUUGAUCUACAAUUAUUAAAUCAUUAGUGCUUUUCCAA